AGAGAUUCAGAGCUGAUGAACUGCUUCUGGUGUCCUGUACAUCUCAAGAUGAAAAAAAGCACCACCGUCCUCGCCAUCUCCAUCUUGGUCCUCUCCCUUGCCUCCCAGUUCUCAUGGUGUGCAGAAGCAGCUGAGGGAAGCGCCGGAAUUUCCACAGAGCCUGAUCUCCAGGUGCAAGAACAAGUGCACGGCGAUAUGAAAAACCGCCUGGAAAUGCAGGGUCGCAACCGGAAGCUUGGCCAUGAGGUGACCACAGUGGAGUUGAAGCAUCACAGGAGGAUUACCAGUGGGCACAAGGGUGGCAGCGCGGGUGGAGGCGCCGGCGCCGGUGCCGCGGGCGCAGGCACGGGUGGGCAUAACGUGGGCGGCGGGGGCGCCGUGACGAGGCCGCACAGCUCCAAGAACGGCGCGGCGGCGCUCCCAGUGCCGGUGUCGUCCGUCCUGACGCUGGCCUUGGCCUGCGGAGUUGUUCUGUCAGUCAUGAGCUACUGAUGAGAUGAAACUCUCGUCUUCCCGGAGCCGAUCGGUAUCUCCGAGCCGAUUUUACGGGUAUUGGUGCGAUAGUUUCUCGAUUUGUUCGUUGUAACUUGUAUAUCAUAUCAUCAUGCAGUGGUGAAAACCGGACGGAUGCUGACGGAUGUAGCUGUCAUUAUAUAUCUAUCGUAAUGUAUUUCUCGCGAAUACAGAAUCAAUACAGUUAUUUAAAAUUGGAACACA